AUGCUGGGUUGUAGCUGCGCCUGGCCACACUUAUCAGCUGCCACCCCCGAUUCGCCAGUUCAAAAAUGUUUAGCCCCCGAACCAGGAUUGCCCGUGCAGCAUCUAGCACCGUCCAUGGCCCUGGCAGCGUGCAUAGUCGGUCCCAGCGGCCACUGGCGCGAACCCUCACAGCCUAGCAACAACUUCUACAGCCUCUGGCUCCUCACCCAGGACACGCACUUGCCUCAGGCAGCUGCUUCGAACACUAGUUCCCCAAUGAGCGAGUCUUACUCUACGCGGUCUACACCUGAGUUCCAUCCUACUCCCAAUACUCCUCUGUCACCUGCCGCCCUGGACACUGGAUCAUGGUGCCGUGGAGAGCCUAGAGAAGUUGGAUUAUAG